UCAAAAAACAGGCGGUGGCGGGUGGCCCUUGAGUCAUAGUUUAUUUGUAGUUGAUCAUUUGCUGAUAAUAUUCCUGGUGUUUAGACCAAGGUUUGACUCCUAUAAUACCGCCGGCACUGGGAGGGCCACGUUCACGCCUGUCCAUAAUCACCCGGCACCUCUUAAGGCGUGGAAGGAACGGCGAAAGCAGAAAAGCGGACGACUAUGGCGGGAGUGGGCGGGGUCCGCCGGCGAUUUUUGAAUGGGCGGAGUCAGGAGGGGGCGGAGCGGAAGGGUGGGUCUAACGCCAGCUUCCGGCGGAAACGCGCGGGAGCGAGAUGGCCACUACCAAACGCGUGCUGUGGGCUGGCAGAAGAGGUGGACGACAAAGUUCUUCAUGCUGCUUUUAUUCCUUUUGGAGACAUCACAGAUAUUCAGAUUCCUCUGGAUUAUGAAACAGAAAAGCACCGAGGAUUUGCUUUCGUUGAGUUUGAGUUGGCAGAGGACGCUGCAGCAGCUAUUGACAACAUGAAUGAAUCUGAGCUCUUUGGACGGACAAUUCGUGUCAAUUUGGCCAAACCAAUGAGAAUUAAAGAGGGCUCUUCCAGACCAGUUUGGUCAGAUGAUGACUGGUUGAAGAAAUUUUCUGGAAAGACGCUUGAAGAGAAUAAAGAGGAAGAAGGGGCAGAGACUCCCAAGGCAGAAACCCAGGAGGGAGAGCCCCCUGCAAAAAAGGCCCGGUCAAAUCCUCAGGUGUACAUGGACAUCAAGAUUGGGAACAAGCCGGCUGGCCGUAUCCAGAUGCUCCUGCGUUCCGACGUCGUGCCCAUGACAGCUGAGAAUUUCCGCUGCCUGUGCACCCAUGAAAAGGGCUAUGGUUUCAAGGGAAGCAGCUUCCACCGCAUCAUCCCCCAGUUCAUGUGCCAGGGUGGGGAUUUCACAAACCACAAUGGCACUGGCGGCAAGUCUAUCUACGGGAAGAAGUUUGAUGAUGAAAACUUUAUCCUCAAACACACAGGACCAGGCCUCCUCUCCAUGGCCAACUCUGGCCCGAACACGAACGGUUCCCAGUUCUUCCUGACCUGUGACAAGACAGACUGGCUGGACGGCAGGCAUGUGGUGUUCGGGGAGGUCACCGAAGGCCUGGACGUCUUGCGGCAGAUUGAGGCCCAGGGCAGCAAGGACGGGAAGCCAAAGCAGAAGGUGAUCGUUUCUGACUGUGGGGAGUAUCUGUGAGGCGGCGCCACCCUGCACCCUCUCUCUCCUGCCUGGGUCUGAGCCGGCACCGAGGGUGUCUUGUGUGAAGCGGGCGGUGCUGGGUCUGAGCUCCUCCUCGGGACCACCCGGAGCAGCUCCUCUGCAGCACAGACUGGACUUGCUCUGGGCUUGUACUGGUGCACCGUGAGCCUGGGAGCCAUGCAGGUGCCACCUUCCCCACCAGGGGCAGCUGACUGUGUCCACCGGCUUUCCCAGGCGGUGGUGCCAGGAACUACCCUGGCCCACCUAAGGACCCUGGACACUUUCUUUGCUCAAAUAAAUCCUGAUUUUUAAAUUGCUGCCUCCAGAGAGUUCCUGGGUGCUGUUAGAGAUUGCAUCUGUGGCUGAGCUGUUCCGAGGCAGGCUGACAAGUGGAUGAGGCACACGUGAUUGCCGUGGCUUUUCUUUCUUCCCUUGGGCUGAUUCCCUUAGGUGCCAGGUGAUACAUCUUCAUGCCGGAUGUCUUUUGAGGCAAUGUUGAGGUAAUGGAAAUGGAAGAUAGUACAAAUGUUCCUGUUUUCUGCUGUCUCUGGUGAGACAGCCUCUGCCAGUCUUGUAGCCAGCAAAAAUACUGAUUACCCUCAGUGGUCCAUUUACUUUUAUUCUAUAGGUUUUUUAAAUGAUAUUUUAUAACUCAGAAGUGCCUUCUGUGUGCCAGAUACUGUUUGUCAGAAGACAGAUUAGCAAAAUACAUGGCCUAAUCUAGCCCACUGCCUGUUUCUGUUUAUUGGAACACAGCCAGAUCCACUUGUUUACAUAUCUUCCAUGGCUGCUUUCUCACUAUAGCAGCAGAGCUGAAUAGUUAGUGACAGACGCUGUAUGGUCCCUGUAUUUAUCAAGAGAAACAGAACCAAAAGGAUGGGUGCAUGCAAAAGUAUGUGGUGGGGGGGUGGCUGUUUUAAGGGAUUGGCUCAUGCAAUGUGGGAACUGGCAAGUCUGAAAUCCACAGGGCAGCCUACAGGCUGAAGACAGGAAGAAACUGGGUCUGCCGUUCAAAGGCAGUCUGGAAGUGAAUCCUGAUGAACUGUCUUUUUCUGACUUUCAAUUCAAUUGAGCCGGGCGUGGUGGUACAUGCCUGUAAUCCCAGCACUUGGGAGGCUGAGG